UGCUCAGUAUACAAUCAGCUGAGCCGCGGCCACUGCAUGCGCGCGCGGCCCGCCUCGACUCGGUCUCUCAGUCAUGCUUCGAUAGCGCACACAGAUGGAUGUGACAAACGGGUCGCCGUCGCUGCGACUUCGCGGCGGCGUCAACAGUAACAGUGAUAGUAAAAAACAUGAGUUAAAUCUGUGCCCGAGUGUGAUGUCGCCGGAGACCCAGCGGCUGCUGCCGCCUACCACGGAGACUAUUAUGACGAAGCCGUUCCCUAUACGAGGUGAACGCGCGAACUAUGUGAACAUACCGCACGUGAUCGCGAUGGUGGGCCUGCCCGCCCGCGGCAAGACCUACAUCUCCAAGAAACUCUCCAGAUAUCUCAACUGGAUAGGAAUCAAUACGAGGGUAUUCAACCUGGGCGAAUACAGACGCCACGCUACAACCGCGUACACGAGCCACGAGUUCUUCCGCGCGGACAACAAGGAGGCCAUGGCGAUACGGCAGCAGUGCGCGCUGGACGCGCUGCACGAUGUCUGCGAGUGGCUCGUCAAGGGCGGAGAGGUUGCUGUGUUCGACGCGACAAACUCGACGCUGGACCGGCGGCGCAUGAUCCGCGACAUCGUGGUGCACAAGAUGGGCUUCAAGCUGUUCUUCGUGGAGUCCAUAUGCGACGACCCCAGGAUCAUUGAGCAGAAUAUCAUGGAAGUAAAAGUUAGCAGUCCUGACUACACCAACAUUCAGAACACAGACAACGUUUUAAACGACUUCCUCCUCCGAAUAGAACACUAUAAAGAAAAAUAUGAGCCUCUAGAUGAGAGCAUGGAGUCCGAUUACAGCUAUAUGAAGAUCUAUGAUACUGGGGAAAAGGUUGUGGUGCAUAAGCACGAAGGUCAUAUACAGAGCCGGAUUGUCUAUUACCUUAUGAAUAUACAUAUCGUGCCGAGGACUAUUUAUUUGACUAGGCACGGUGAAAGCACACACAACAUAGUGGGCCGCAUAGGAGGCGAUAGCGACCUCUCGCCGCGAGGCCGGCAGUACGCUAAGGCCCUCGCGAACUACAUCGACCAGCAGCAGAUACCCGGCCUCAGGGUCUGGACCUCGUGGAUGAAGAGGGCUAUACAGACCGUAAAGGAUGUUAAAGCUCCUCAAGAAAGGUGGAAGGCUCUUAAUGAGAUUGAUGCUGGCAUAUGCGAAGAGAUGACAUACGCUGAAAUCCAGCAGAAAUACCCGUCAGACUUCAACGCCCGCGACGCCAACAAGUUCGCGUACCGCUACCCUCGCGGCGAGAGCUACGAGGACCUGGUGGCGCGGCUGGAGCCCGUCAUCAUGGAGCUGGAGCGGCAGGGCAACGUGCUGGUGGUGUCCCACCAGGCCGUCAUGCGCUGUCUGCUCGCUUACUUCCUGGACAAGUCUGCUGAGGAGCUGCCAUACCUCCACGUGCCGCUACACACAGUGAUCAAGCUGACGCCGGUCGCGUACGGCUGCCGCGAGGAACACAUCAAGCUGUCCGUGCCCGCCGUGGACACGCACCGCCCUAAACCUUCUGACGACGAAGACGCGGCUGAGGUUCAAGUGAUACCAGCGCCGCCUAUCAAGGCUCCCGUGCCGCCCGUGCUCAACGGGGAAACAAACGGCGAACAAAGCGAAGACAGCCAGUCGCAUAAACAUUUAAACAUAUAGGACACCGUAGAUAAACAAUGUCCAUGCUAGUUCAAAACUUUAGAUUAAAAUGACAUUUGGGUAUUUUUUUGCUGUGUGAACGAGUAUAAAAAAGAAAAAAAAAUGCAUUGUGGUUGUUAUCUGUGACUGUGUACUAUCAGUCAAGUCGACGAAUUUGAGACUGAUGAUAAGUGAGUUUAGAUUUUUAAAUUGUUAAGUCAUGUUACUGUCUUUGUAUGAAACGAAAUACCUAAAAUAUGUUCACAUACACUUGGCUAUUUAUCACCGUUCACUCAGAGUCAGCGCGGGGUCACAACGUCCUGAGAUUAUUUUCUGUUUGACAGAAACCUGACUAAUUAUUACCAGACUCUGUAGCUUUACAAAAUUAAAUGAAAUUUUCAGCGCUGCAGCGCUUUUGCUAUUCGAUUAGCUUUUCUUUGACAAACACGGCCCAGCCGCAGAAGCGCUUUGAAAGCUUACUGGCGUCAAACGCAAGUACAGCACACAAAAGGAGCGAAUUCUUGAUAAUGUGCCCCCACGCUUAUAUAUUUUUAUAGGCUAUCUCGUUUUGUCUAGUUAGCUCCUAUCAUCCUAUCCUAUUUAUAAAUAAUAUUUAACUAUACAUAAGAAUUUUUACAAAGUGGCUAUGUAUAUUAAAUGUACCUAAUAUUGUAAAAUUAUAAUAUUAACUUUUAUUUAAAUAUAAGUUUAAUCUAAGUGGG